UUAUGAGCUUAGAGCUAACCUAACUCAUCGUUAGGUACAAUAAAAAAUAAUAAAUCUGUAUGAGAAUUGAGAAGAUAUUAUAAUAUUUAAUUGUCAAUAAUAUUAGUAUCAGAUUAGUAGAUCCUAUUACUUACCAUGUGGGGUCUGCGUACCAUACUUAAUAAAACUUGUGUUUUAGAUCAAAUACAGGCUGUGCUUAAUCAACAAACUAGAAAUACCUUUAUACUGAAGAGAAAAUGGCCUCUUCCACUUCACAAGAAAGGCGGUAAAGUACCAAAAAUGAAGAAUCGGCAUUUCAUUUACGAAUUAGUUGAAGACACAAAUAUUUCAAAGAAGCCCGAUAUGAAAAUAAUUUUGAACAAAUUUGUUGAUGGCGUUGGCAAUGUUGGCGAUGUUUUAACACUGCGACCAAACGUUGCCUACAAUGAAUUUCUGCUACCAGGACUGGCAGUAUAUGCUACACCUGAAAACUUACAGAAGUUCAAAACUGAUGAAAAUAAAUCAAAAGAGACAUUACAAUUUACUUCGCCUUAUGUCCAGAGGACCAUGGGAGUUCUCUCUCGUUUAGUAUUACAAAUAACCAUGAGCAAAACCACACCAUGGAAACUCGAACCAUGGCAUAUUAAAACAUCUUUUAGGAAAGCUGGUUUUGUUGUACCUGAACAUGCUAUAACAAUGCCACCCAUAGAAAUUAAUGGACCUGACUUAUCCUUACAGGAAAAAGAAUUUUUUGUAACUGUUAAAAUUAAUAACAAGGAGGAAGUUAAUGUUAGAUGUCGCAUACACCACUGGGCGACAGGUUUGGAAAGAUUGCCAUGGGAAGAAUUUCAUUGGAAAAAGCCUUUAGAAGCUUUAAUACCAGAGCAGGCAGCAAUAUUAGAAAAAAUGCCUUUACCAGAAUAAAACUUGAAUGUGGACAAACACUUGAAUGUGGAAGUAGAUAUAUUUUAGGUAUAUUAUGAUUUAAAUAAAAAAUAUUAAAUUA